AUGAAGAUUACCUCUAUCCUCGCCGUCCUCGGCAGCAGGUCUGUUCCUCCUUCUCCCAACUCCCAGCUAUCUAUCCCAGCUAACACCGACACCCCCAGCCUGGCCACUGCUCUCAUAACCAACAACAACACCUUCACCAUCACCGUCACCGAGACGGCCAUCGCUUGUGGCGGCAACUGCUUCACCACUUACUACGGUGCCUGCACCACAACCGUAACCACCACGGCCACCCUCGGUAGUCCCUCAUCCCCCACGUACACCGACUCAUCCUCGGUCAACCCCGGCACUACGGGCUCCUCCUCCGUGUCCAUCACCAGCUCCGCCAGCACCUCAUACUGCAGCGAGCCCCGCGGGUGCGGCGGCGUCAAGCAACCCUCCCCCUCUUUCUCCUACCGCACGAGCACCCCCAAAGACCCUGCCACAUCCACCGCAUACACCACAUCUUCCAGCGUCCGGAGAACCUGCACGCACCGCGUCCCCAGCGGGCCGUCCUCCGGAACGCCCAGCUACCCGGCUUCCAACUCGACCACUACCGGCUCGGGCACCGGAGUUCCUACAGCAACCGGCGGGCGCACCCGUUCCGGCACCCGCUCCGGCACCCGCACCUCAGCAAGCUCCGACGAUGACGACAACUAUCCUCCUUCGCUGCCAACCUACACCCACAGCCACUCCUACAGCUCUCGAGGCAAGACGAGGACCGAUGUGCCGACGUCCACCAUACCGUCCCCCUCGUACACCUCCAGCGUGGACCCGGCCAGCGGCACAAGCUCCUCCUCCUCCUGGUCCUCUUCUUCUGACUCUGCUUCUUCUUCUUCUCUUACCUCGUCUUCUGAUUCUGCUUCUUCCUCUCCUGCCUCUUCACCCUCUUCCACCUCCACCCCAACGACGCUGGUCACCAGCAGCCGCGAGCCAGCAUCCUCGACCUCCACCAGCAUCAUCAGCAUCGACGACCCAACUCCCACGCCACCAGCCUACGAGGACGGGCCGUCUCCGUACAAUUAG